AUGGCCGACCUCCCAUCGAAGGUACACCUCACCUUGCACCCCAUGUGCCUGAGGAUCCGUGGGCCCUCGGUGUACCAGGACGAGAAACAGCGCACAUGGCUGCAUCUUGUCCUGGAGACAGGAGGUGUCCUGCAAGUACGGUUGUGCCAGGAAGACAUCCCCAGUGGGCAUAUCGCACUCAACACCAGCCCGCUGACCUCGAGCACCCUGCCUUCCAUGUGGACGCUACAUACUGGCAGCCAGUACCUGAACUGCAUGUGUCGGUUCUGGCCCAUCCUGCACAACAUCAAGGAGAAUGGUGUAGAGGAAAUGAUCCUUGAUUUGAUGGAAGACUUGUAG